UUAGUGGUGUUUGGCUGGAGGAAAACGAGGGAGAGGGAAAAUGUUCACUCUGCUUCUUCGUAGAAAUUCUUUAUCUCUUUCUUACUCCCAAAUUCAACCUCCAAAACCUUCUUACUUACUCCCAUACCACUGCCUCUCCACCACGCCGCCACCACCCCCACCACAAGAUGCCAUCAUAGCGAAACUCAUUCUCUGCUCCGACCCACGAACCCUAACGCAAACACUAGUAGACCCAACAAUUCAAUGGACCCCGGAGCUUGCCGACAGUGUCCUCAAGCGCCUCUGGAACCAUGGACCCAAGGCUAUCCACUUCUUCAGAACCCUAGACCGCCACCACCCCACCUUCGCUCACUCCUCUUCCUCCUUCGACCUCGCCAUCGACAUCGCCGCCCGCAUGCGCGACUACAAGGCCGUAUGGGCUCUCGUGGCCCGGAUGCGUAAUCGCCGCCUCGGCCCGGGACCGAAAACCUUCGCCAUCAUCGCCGAGAGGUACGUCGCCGCCGGCAAACCCGACAGAGCUGUCAAGCUCUUCUUGUCUAUGCACGAGCACGGUUGUUUUCAGGAUUUGAAUUCGUUCAAUACGAUUCUUGAUGUUCUGUGUAAAUCGAAACGCGUCGAAAUGGCGUAUAAUUUGUUUAAGGCUCUAAAGGGUAGGUUUAAGGUUGAUUGCGUUAGUUAUAAUAUAAUUUCAAAUGGGUGGUGUUUAAUUAAGCGGACGCCCAAGGCACUUGAGGUGUUGAAGGAGAUGGUGGAGAGAGGAUUGGAACCGAGUUUAACCACGUUUAAUACAAUGCUUAAAGGUUAUGUUAGAGCUGGUCAGAUUAACGAAGCUUGGGAGUUCUUUUUGCAAAUGAAGAGAAGAAAAUGUGGGGCCGAUGUUGUUUCUUAUACCACCAUGGUUCAUGGGUUUGGCUGCGCUGGCGAGAUUAAGAGAGCUAGAAGAGUUUUCGAUGACAUGAUUGGGGAGGGUGUGCUCCCUUCUGUCGCAACUUACAAUGCACUGAUUCAAGUUUUGUGCAAGAAGGAUAGUGUUGAAAAUGCCAUCUCGGUGUUUGAGGAGAUGGUGAGGAAGGGGUAUGCGCCUAAUUGGACUACUUAUAAUGUGAUAAUCAGAGGAUUGUGUCAUGCCGAUCAGAUGGAUAGGGCUUUAAUGUUUCUGGAAAGAAUGAAGGAGGAUGAUGAGUGUGAGCCGAAUGUUCAGACUUACAAUAUUGUGAUUCGUUACUUUUGUGAUGCCGGAGAGAUUGAAAAGGGGUUGGAUGUAUUUCAGAAGAUGGGUAGUGAGGAUUGCUUGCCCAAUUUAGAUACUUAUAAUGUUUUGAUGAGUGCCAUGUUUGUGAGGAAGAAAUCAGAUGAUUUGCUGGUGGCUGGGAAGUUGUUGACCGAGAUGGUGGGCAGAGGAUUUCUGCCCCGGAAGUUCACUUUCAAUCGGGUCUUGAAUGGGCUUUUGCUAACUGGCAACCAAGGUUUUGCAAAAGAGAUAUUGAGAUUGCAGAGUAGAUGUGGCCGUCUUCCUCGUCAGCUCAAAUUGUGAAAGUGUACUGGCGUCUGAAUUGGCUCAUUUGUAGAUUUUUCUUAAAUCCUCCUUGACUGUAGAGCCAAUGUUACAAUGUUACCAAGGGCUUCUGAUCGUGCUUGAUGAUGAGUGCCAUUGUUUCUGUCUCUAAAAUGGUUUUUGAGGAUGUGCUGCUGCCUUGGCCUUCAACAGCAAUCGCGAUCACAUUAGUAAUUUCAGUUGGCUCCUAAAUUGGGACUUUGGGUGCCUUUUUUGCAAUCAGUCCACACAGCAGGACCAGGACUUAUAUUAUGCAUGGUGUGGUUGGGAAGUUCUUGAGAAUAUGAAAUCCUCUCAUCUUCAGCCAUUUCUCGGUGCACAGGUCCUCUUCAGAAGGGAGUUUAUCGUGAGUGCACUUCUGAUAAUUCAAGUAGAAAUUUUCCAAGUCCGACGGCCCCCUACAAAUAGCGUUUUGGGGGAGCAAUUGAUACAGGACAAGAGGAGUUUAUGGUUACUGGGUUUGAUAACCUUCGAGGUUGCUUUGUUCAUCCUUCCUAGUGCUAUCUCAUGUUCUUGCAGCAUGAUCACUGCCAUUUCACGUGACGGCACCCAAUUUUUCUGAUUCGGCAUCAAAUAAAUAGUUAUUCUAUGCAUGAUAUAUGCUCAACCAUUCAGUCCAACAGUUUGUUCUCUCCUGUAUUUGAUUGAGAUGAUAAGAAGAUUGAUGCGUUGUUCAGUGAUAGCA